AACAGAGCCACCUUCUGCGUCCUGCUGAGCUCUGUUCUCUCCAGCACCUCCCAACCCACUAGUGCCUGGUUCUCUUGCUCCACCAGGAACAAGCCACCAUGUCUCGCCAGUCAAGUGUGUCCUUCCGGAGCGGGGGCAGUCGUAGCUUCAGCACCGCCUCUGCCAUCACCCCGUCUGUCUCCCGCACCAGCUUCACCUCUGUGUCCCGGUCUGGGGGUGGCGGUGGUGGUGGCUUCGGCAGGGUCAGCCUUGGGGGUGCUUGUGGAGUGGGUGGCUAUGGCAGCCGGAGCCUCUACAAUCUGGGGGGCUCCAAGAGGAUAUCCAUCAGCACUAGUGGUGGCAGCUUCAGGAACCGGUUUGGUGCUGGUGCUGGUGCUGGAGGCGGCUAUGGCUUUGGAGGUGGUGCCGGUAGUGGAUUUGGUUUCGGCGGUGGAGCUGGUGGUGGCUUUGGGCUCGGUGGCGGAGCUGGCUUUGGAGGUGGCUUCGGUGGCCCUGGCUUUCCUGUCUGCCCUCCUGGAGGUAUCCAAGAGGUCACCGUCAACCAGAGUCUCCUGACUCCCCUCAACCUGCAAAUCGACCCCAGCAUCCAGAGGGUGAGGACCGAGGAGCGCGAGCAGAUCAAGACCCUCAACAAUAAGUUCGCCUCCUUCAUCGACAAGGUGCGGUUCCUGGAGCAGCAGAACAAGGUUCUGGACACCAAGUGGACCCUGCUGCAGGAGCAGGGCACCAAGACCGUGAGGCAGAACCUGGAGCCGUUGUUCGAGCAAUACAUCAACAACCUCAGGAGGCAGCUGGACAGCAUCGUGGGGGAACGGGGCCGCCUGGACUCGGAGCUGAGAAACAUGCAGGACCUGGUGGAAGACUUCAAGAACAAGUAUGAGGAUGAAAUCAACAAGCGUACCACUGCUGAGAAUGAGUUUGUGAUGCUGAAGAAGGAUGUAGAUGCUGCCUACAUGAACAAGGUGGAGCUGGAGGCCAAGGUUGAUGCACUGAUGGAUGAGAUUAACUUCAUGAAAAUGUUCUUUGAUGCGGAGCUGUCCCAGAUGCAGACGCAUGUCUCUGACACCUCAGUGGUCCUCUCCAUGGACAACAACCGCAACCUGGACCUGGAUAGCAUCAUCGCUGAGGUCAAGGCCCAGUAUGAGGAGAUUGCCAACCGCAGCCGGACCGAAGCCGAGUCCUGGUAUCAGACCAAGUAUGAGGAGCUGCAGCAGACAGCUGGCCGGCAUGGUGAUGACCUCCGCAACACCAAGCAUGAGAUCUCUGAGAUGAACCGGAUGAUCCAGAGGCUGAGAGCCGAGAUUGACAAUGUCAAGAAACAGUGCGCCAAUCUGCAGAACGCCAUUGCGGAUGCCGAGCAGCGUGGGGAGCUGGCCCUCAAGGAUGCCAGGAACAAGUUGGCCGAGCUGGAGGAGGCCCUGCAGAAGGCCAAGCAGGACAUGGCCCGGCUGCUGCGUGAGUACCAGGAGCUCAUGAACACCAAGCUGGCCCUGGACGUGGAGAUCGCCACUUACCGCAAGCUGCUGGAGGGCGAGGAAUGCAGACUCAGUGGAGAAGGAGUUGGACCAGUCAACAUCUCUGUUGUCACAAGCAGUGUUUCCUCUGGAUAUGGCAGUGGCAGUGGCUACGGCGGUGGCCUUGGUGGAGGUCUUGGCGGCGGCCUUGGUGGAAGUCUUGCCGGAGGUGGCAGCGGAAGCUACUACUCCAGCAGCAGUGGGGGUGUCGGCCUAGGUGGUGGGCUUAGUGUGGGGGGCUCUGGCUUCAGUGCAAGCAGUGGCCGAGGCCUGGGGGUGGGCUUUGGCAGUGGCGGGGGUAGCAGCUCCAGCGUCAAAUUUGUCUCCACCACCUCCUCCUCCCGGAAGAGCUUCAAGAGCUAAGAGCCUGCUGCAAGUCACUGCCUUCCAAGUGCAGCAACCCAGCCCAUGGAGAUUGCCUCUUCUAGGCAGUUGCUCAAGCCAUGUUUUAUCCUUUUCUGGAGAGUAGUCUAGACCAAGCCAAUUGCAGAACCACAUUCUUUGGUUCCCAGGAGAGCCCAAUUCCCAGCCCCUGGUCUCCCGUGCCGCAGUUCUAUAUUCUGCUUCAAAUCAGCCUUCAGGUUUCCCACAGCAUGGUCCCUGCUGACACGAGAACCCAAAGUUUUCCCAAAUCUAAAUCAUCAAAACAGAAUCCCCACCCCAAUCCCAAAUUUUGUUUUGGUUCUAACUACCUCCAGAAUGUGUUCAAUAAAAUGCUUUUAUAAUAUAA